ACAAUAAAAUUACAGAAUCACUCAAAAUUCAAGCCUGUGGCAAAAUAAAAUAAUUUCCAUUUCUUCUUGUAUCAGAAUGUAUCCAGUGUCCAACAGGGGAGCCUCGAUACAUUUUCUAGAAAAUGUACUCCAGCUCCGAAUCCUUCCUUCAUCGAUAAAUAGCCUCUUCUGGGAGUUGCGUGAAUCCGCUCCUGUUGUAUGCCACUACCACCUCGGCAUCGUCAUCACCAUCUCCCUGGCUCCUUCGUAACGGAUAGGCUUCACCUCCAGAACGGAACUCCAGUCUGCUUCCAGUUUCUCCCCGGAGAAUGCUCGUCGGUUUAGUCGGAGUUCGGCUCUCCUAACACGCGCUUCGCAGCCACUCCGUCGACUUAUCGCGCCGGGGAAUCGACCCAUGAUCUGACAGAAAAUAUCUUUCAAUAACGUCUAUCCUCCAUCAUCGCGAGCAGUGCUGGUUGAUUUUCGUUCGAUUGCGUUAUCCGGUCGCGAUUUAUCGUCCCCCAAGAACACGAAAAACACCUUCGAAGAGCAUCCUGCGGUUAGUGCUCGAUUAUUUCGCGAUAUCGAUAGUGUUUCCAUCGAUUCUGCGUCGAGGACCAAAGUACCAACACUCGGAGACCUCGAUACCGAAAAGAGAUGCGCUGGAAGCAGUGUCGUCGGGAUAUCAAAGGCAGAGGAUGAUCGACGUUUAAAAGGUGCGCUAUUCCUCCGAGCAAAGGGAAGCGGGCGCGUAAGGAUGCGCUUACGCAGGAAACGGUGCAUGUCCCGGUGACGCUGUAGCGACUUGGAUAAAAAGGAUAAGAGGAAUAAAAAAGACAAAAAAAAAAAAGGAAAACAUAAAGGCCAUACACAGAGAUAACCACGGAAGUACGGAUGACGCGAUGAGACUGAGUCCGAUUAUCCUGUCGUGGGCCACGGCAAGCUGGCUAGGUCCAACCGGAACUACGGCGAUACGAGCCCAAGCAUCGAGGGACUACGAGCUGUCGACGGAAUUCUUCCUGGUGCCCAGCGAUGUGGCGAUGGACAAGAAUGGUUUGGCAAGCGUGGCGAGUGUCAUCAGCGUUCCAGCGCCGAACAGGACGGUUUCGGUGUUCAGGAUGCCUGGGAAAAAGAGCCAGGAGAUCGAGGCCGAUACUCAACCGUACCCGAGGUCCUUGCUCAGACAACGACCCUGGGCUCUUCCUCUGGCGGCCCUUAGCGCGGCCACGAUGCUCCUCAUGGCUGGCUUCGAGGUUUUCGUACUGCUCAAGGCAAGAGUAACCGCGCCGAACAGACGACAUUUGUUUCUGGGCCAAGCACUUCUUUUAGGCCUCUUCCUCCUGGCAGGACUCUCAGCAGCCGCAUCCCUCAGUCAAAAUCCUCUAUCCUGUGCAGCAUUUCGACUAGUCGGUUUACCCGCCGCCCUUGUAUUCGCGGCUCUUCUGGUUAAGUGCGUCUUCUUACUUUCGUUAAAUAGUGGCAUCUAUCUACCAGCACCGUAUCAAGCGUUAGUAUUGGGAUUCGCAGUAUUGGUGCAGGUAGCCAUCGUUGGACAAUGGUUUUACGGUGAACCACCGGCUGUGGUUCAGUUGCAAACUACAGGACAAAGCUCUUCAGCUUCCUGUUGCAAAACUCCUCUUGGGCAGAUAGUGGCUUCCCUCGGGUAUCCUGGUGCACUGCUGGUUGCAGUAGCUUGUUUAGCAGUUCGAGCACGCGGUGUACGAGACAACAACCGGGAAGCAGCGUUUAUUGGCCUCGCUGUUGGUUUGUCGCUGUCGAUUUGGAUAUCCAGCGCUAUCGGGUCGGUGGCUGCUUCCUCGGAGAGUGACAGAGAGGCCUGGUUAGCUUAUGGUUUAUUGACCACUUCCCUCCUCGUGUUCCUGACGAUGUUCCUGCCGAAGGGACGGCAGUUGGCUGCCCUUGGUCGAGAAGCUCCUGAUACGGUGAUUCGUGAUCGAGAUGAUGCUCUCAGCUCGCUUCCUGGCAGCGGUUACUCGCCCUCCUUCUUCCACUUCAAGCCAGCCGAAGCUUCUUUGAAGAGGAAGCUGCAUUAUCAUAGUGCUGAUCGUGUGGCAUUAGUUUCAUCCGCUAUACCUGGAUGUACUGCCUGCAGGCACGGUGGAAGCCCCAUAUAUUCCGACGAUGUUCAUGGGCCGAUGGAAACAUUUGUUUUGCCACACGGCAUGUACUUGAGGCCGGAAGACGCAGGAAACCUAUACACAACACUAUCAGCGAACCCGAAUGUAUUUUUCCAACGUGCGGCUCAUCCAGGGAUGAUGUACUGAUAACAUCCCCGGAAACUCUUUCACGCAAUCGUCUGCGGAUUUGAUUAGAGAACUCCCUAUGUUCUUAGAUUAGAUAGCCACAACACAAUGGACUACGUUUUCCCCGUUUGUUCACUUUGUUAUUGUAAAUAAUAAUACAAGCUGGUGUCGCUAGAGUGUCGUUAACGUUUCUUUGUAGAAGCGGUGCUCGGUUAUUUUGAUAAAAAAUCAAACGAUAGCAGCCGGAUGCGAAUUACGCGAACAAUUUUUAAUAAAGGUACGACAUUUUUUUAUAA